AGUCCGAACAACUAUAUAUGAAGAAUUCAUUGCGCUUGUAUUAGUAUUUGCCAUUUGGAAUCCGGGAUUUAAGUCCGGCUUUAUUUUGAUCGUAGCUUUCAAAACAGACCAUGGUUUUUACAAAAAGAUUUUUUCCGUCUUCGUUGCGUUAAAAAGAAACGAGUUAUCCAAAAUCCAACCGCGUGGAAAUUUCUGGAAACCGGUUGUUAUAUUUUGCGGGUGUUGAAUUGGAGCUAGCACGUGACGAGAUAUAUUUUUUCGGGUUAAGGGAUUGGUUCUUUUGAAUAAAUUAAACCCAAACAAGUCAAAAUGUUUUGAGCUUAGAAUCAAGCACACAUAGUAGCAUAGUUGUGUCAAAUUUGAUCAAAAACGCAAUCAAAGACAUAGGUACUUUGUGUUUAAGUUUGCGCCUUAAACAAACUUUAAGGCAGAAAUAACCGCCGAUUUGAACGCUUUUAUAGCCUAAACUAAACAUUAUUAACCAGGUGAAACUUUAAUCUCCUAAAGCAUUGCUUCCAAUUCUUAAUUCCAUUUUCCUUUGAGUUAUUUUUAUCAACGAAUGCCUUGAAUUUCAAUUGGUUAUUACAUAUCUUUCAAGUUGAAUUCAAGCAAAACAGAGCAAAAAAGUUCGCGACGUGUCAAAUCAUUCCAGUUCGGUAGGUUUCCAAAACCCUGAUGAACUUAGACUGAACCUGGGUUUCAAAUUAUGCGCCUGCUCCGGGGAAGUCCAGUUACAAUAAUUUCCUUGACGUUUAUGCCUCUGUAGCGACGAUUUUCAGUAUAAAUAUAUUCAAUACUUAUUCGCAGUUUUGUGGAUUUACCAAAGCUGCUUUUGUUUGAAAGUCUUUUUUUUUGAAAAGUCAGUUGACAAUGGACCGUCGAAUUGGUAUAAAUAGCUGGAAACCGCGACGCGUACAUGGAAGAAUAGUGAUAUAAGUACAGUUCAAAAUGUCUCCAACGGAUUAUAAUAACGGUUCUUGUUCAAAUGCCACCACACAGAGGAAUUUGCUGAAAUUGCACCAUUGCAGUAAUGCAGACAUAUAUUAUAGUUAUAGUCCGUCGGCUGUAGAAAGUAGAACUAAAGCAACUACCACCAACACAACCGACCGCCGUUCCAAUUUUAAUUUGAACUCUUUUCAACUUGCAAAAAAUAGCGUUGUAAAGAAUCCAGCUUGCCAAUUGAACCCUAACCAAAAGCUUCAAAUCCUGCAAGAACGAAGAGUCCAACAAGAUCGCAAAAGUGGACGCGCUGGUGGAUUUAGAGCACCGCCGAAAAUCCCGGUCAGAAAUUCAAGUAAUGCGCUUCAAGAUUUACAACUAUUGGCCACCAAGGAAAUCAAAGCAGAUCGGACGGAUAAAACUAAUAGUUUGGAGCCAGAUGAAUUGAUAUCGUCCGGUAACAGGCCGGUUGAGACUAGAAAUCAUCAGAGAAAAGUCAACAGUCAGAAGACUUCUGCAAACAAAACACACGAUUGUGGAGAAUUUUACUGUUCCGGAUUAGAUUGUGCGAAACAGAUUCUACAAAACAGAUCAUAUAGAAAAGAAAAAGACAAUGCUUUAAAGCAUUCCUUAAUUAAUCAAUUAAAAGUGCACGAAACUAAAAAUUCGUCUGUGAAGACGAAAGAGUUGCCAAAAACCCCUCCACCGUUACCACCGAAAAUUCCAUUGAAAAAAUCUGAUCGUCGCGAAAAUCCGAACACUUUCUACUCAGAAUUACGAACUAACAAAAAGAUUCCAGCAAUCAAAACUUGUAUUAUUAGAAGAGCAGAUAGUGUCCGAAAUGAGCAAAAAAGGACAGGUUUAAGAAGGGAUUUAGAGAACAGCAGUUCCGGAGAAAGUGAAAUUAAGACGACGAAAAGAACAAGAGUUGACAAGUUAUAUUUGCCAACAGAUAAGCUGAAACGCGCAAGGAUAAAUACAAUGGAAAGCGUUUGCUCAAAUAGUGAAAACAGAGAAAACGCUGUCACUGCUUCACUUGAGAAUCGAAAUAAAGAAGAAUUUACAUCUGAGAUUGAAAAAUCAAGCCUCGGUCAAGAAAUAAUGAAGCAGAAUGAUGAUUUUGAAUUAGUGGACGAUAAUAGUUUAGCACCAUCGGCAGAAUCAAAAAUGGAAACUAAGUUAUCCGACGAGCAAAUUCAGAAUGAACGAAAGCGAAACAAUUCAAAAGCAGACGAAAAAAGGGGUACUAAUUCGCAAAAUGUUUCGAGCGAUAACGUAAUAGACUCGGUGACUCGUGGCGUGAAUUUUGAGUUAAUAGACGACCAACCAGAUACUUCAGUUUCGUUUUGUACUAAUACGACAGGAGAUGAUUUGUGCGACGCAGAUGUGAGUCUAAGUACUGGAACCGAAGAACCCAUGUCAAUAUCUCUCAUUUCGUCUCAGUCACAUCCUAAAUCUGGAACAGGUGGAUCGGAUUCAGGUGUAAGCAGUGGUCUGUCGCCUCCUAUUUCAAACCUCCACAUUUCAUCACAAUUGCAAGAAGCAGCAACGUUAUCAGGAAUCAAGGACGACUCAAACUCGAAAGAUGUCAAAAAAGGAUCUGAACCCAGAACGGAGGAGUCAAAUAGCGACAUAAAAAGUACCCCGUUGGGAGUUAAUGGGACAGACACAAUUAAUAUUUAUGGGCGAAGUGAAAAGGAAAAAGCGAUUGAAGGAAAACAAAUUGUAAAUGAAGAGGAUUUGUGGCGACAAAGGAGUGGUAAUGGGAGUAAAACAGUUAACAGCGGGACCCAAUCCGACCAAGAGCAGAUCUUAGGGGGAGGGGGUGGGGGGUUGCUGCAAGUAAUUUCAUCAGUCAACCAGAUUGAACCUACAACUAUAUUACGUCCUCCAAAUUCAACUAAAAGAAGUAACAGUGCUUUUUCGUCUGGUAAUAACAUCAAUAGCACCACCAGCCAAAGUAAAAAAUCGAAUAAUAAAGCGCCUGUAUUCAAAGCUCCAACGAACAGCCCAAUAGCGAAACCGAUCUGUAAAGUUGAAGCAAGUCAAGUCAGCUCUUCGGGUUAUUACUGCAGUUCGUUUAUCGUAACAACAGAGAAUACUACCACUGCUAUCGAUACGCACAGUUAUUUCCAAAAUCAAUCCGAUAAUACAUCAAACUCCUCGCCGCCAGAGAGAAAUUUAAUUUGCCCAGACGUAACUGACAGACGACAAGUGCCCAUCUCUCAGAAUUUGCCCAUUCAGAUAGAAACUCUAGCCCACUCGGCUUCUUUUCUGCCCAUUUCGCCGCCCCUGCCUCGACCCCUGAAUAGAACAGUUGAUCUCUCGAACUAUGAGGUGGCAUCUUGCUCCAACGUCGCAGUGGACGAUUUCUCCAUUCCCUAUCUGUCAAACAACGAACAUCUGAGCAGCAACAGUGUCGAAAGUUCACACCAGCACAAUUCAAAGGAGAACUCAGUCGUAGACAGCACAUUGUCCGAGAUCAGCUCGGAACGAACAAAUGUCGCAGUCGGAACGAACGACGAUUUGUUUUGUCCUCUAGCAAUUGUAACUAGUGCGAUAACUCCGACAUUUCAAGAACAAGGAACUCAAACUAUACAGACACAUUUCCAAUCAUAUCAACAAGCUCAAUUUGGAACAAACGAUUUGUCUGUAAAUCAGCCUUUGUUUAAUUUGCACCAAAAUUUUGGCCCGACGUACGAUUUCAUCGACGAUCCAGUCGAAAGAACUGGAACUCAAGUUGUGAACCCGAUUCCAGGGUUGGUUUAUGAAAUAACUACAACAGUAACUACUCGGGUUCCCUACGAGCGCGAACCACGAGUUAGACGACCACGAGAGAAACAUGCAAGGCAACACGACGCGAAUGUAAUUGGCGAACAACGAGAAACGAACCCUCGGAAGUUGAGACGCAGUCAAACGCUUGUUAAAAAAGAUCCAGCUACUGAAGAAUGUCCAAUUGUUUCCAAUGAAGAUUUCCGAAACUCUGAUGAAAAUAUGAAUAGUUCAAGAUAUCGAAAUAUUAGAACUAAGCGAAAUAAUCGCUACUUUAACGGAGAUGAACGCAGCGCGAGCAGUGAUAAAUUACUUGAUGGAAAUUACUAUCAAAAUGAACAGUACAAUACAAAGUCAUCAAGAUUGCGAACAUCUUCUUAUGAAAAUGCGAUUAACCAGUCGCGGAACAAUCUGUUUAUUGAAAGUUUAAGCGAGACUUACGAGCCGUUUUUCUCCUCGCGUCAACCAAACUUAACGAAGCAGUUCAGAAGUCAGCAGUUAAGUUAUGGUAAUCAAAACUCUGAACUUAAAAGGGCCGAGCAAUUUGGAAGAUCGAAUCUGUUUCGCCCUUUGAAUAUCGAUGUUUCGCAAGAUCAAGUCGAUCAUGAAAGGCAAAAAGCAAGAAGCUAUGAUCACCUGAGAACGCCGCCGAUUGCGCUGGACGAUUUUUUCAAUUCCCAACCACGAUGCGCACCUUUAACCACUACAACAAUUGACAAGAGGCGGUUCUAUGACCCGGUUACGGGGUCGAGACCACAAACAUUUCGCAGGAACCAUCGUCGAAAUACAGAGCGCCCAAAAUCGAUUGUCGGUUGUAUCAGUGCUAGCAGCUCGUAUGAUUGUUACGAAGACGACAAUUUUUUAUCAGGAUUGAUAAGAACAUUUACAAGUAUUUGUACAAAAAAGCAGAAUCGAAAAUCGGUCGUGGUCGAAAAUCCCCAUCGCGGUUAUCUACCUUACCAAUGCGGAAUGACCUUUCCCGAUUGUUCACAUCGCAGUUUACCCCCUCCUUCAUCAGCGGUUAUAAGGUCCAACAGAUUUUACCCAGAGCCCCAAGUUGACCCCGUGACCAAGUACCUGAGAGCUGCCCGCAAUGGUCGCCAGGACGAGAUGCUUGCCCUACUGCAACAGUACGCACACCAUGGAGUUCACGUUGAAGUCUGCAACUCCAGUGGUCUCAAUGCACUCCAUCUGGCGGCCAAAGAGGGACACCUGCACAUUGCACAGCUGCUGAUGGAUGCAGGCAUUGAUAUUCACGCCAUGACUAAGAAAGGCAAUACGGCUCUUCACAUAGCAGCUCUAUCUGGCCAUCUGCCCCUGGUGAAAUUGCUGGUGUCGAGAGGCGCCAACGUCAACUCGGUCACGCCCGAGAGGGGGUUCACCCCACUGUACAUGGCCGCCCAGGAGAACCACCUGGCUGUGGUGAAGUACUUGGUGGAUCAGGGCGCAGAUGUGAAUCUCCUAACUGAUGAUGGGUUCAGUCCAUUGGCCGUGGCAGUGCAACAGCGGCACGCAGACAUAGUCUCUUUUCUCCUACGUCUGGACAGUUCAGCUACGGGGGGGACCAUGAAUGCCAACUACAACCCUACAGGGACAAUGAACUCAACCCUCGGCGGAAAAGAUAGUAGCAACUACAACACACUGAAUAGUGUUACGAGCACGCAUCGACGACAACGAUCCACGAGUAGUAACCGCCGAUCACAUUUACCUGAUUUACACAUAGCGGUUAAAAAGGACGACUCGAAAGCGACUUCGUUAUUGUUGCAACAGGCGUCGGCGGACCCGAAUGUGAAAGCACCGGGAAGCGGAUUCACGGCAUUGCAUUUGGCUGCACAUUAUGGCUACGUGAGCAUUGCGCAGAUACUGUUGACCCAUGGAGCCGACCCGAAUGUUCCGGCUGGGAAGGACAAUAUUUCGGCGUUACAUGUGGCAGCUAAAUGUGGACAGACGGAAAUGACGAGGAUGCUUUUGGGCCAUGGAGCAGAACCAAAUGCUAAAACGAAGGAUGGUUUAACUGCGUUGCAUCUUGCGAGCAGAAACGGACACGAAGACGUCGUCGAUUGUCUCUUACUGCACGGAGGAGGCGGAAUGAUCGAGUUUCGAAGCAAGACCAAAAGUGGACUCACAGCGCUUCAUCUGGCUGCCCAGGCCAAUGUCCCCGAAGGUCAGGAUUGCACCCAGGGUCACAUAGCAUGUGGUAGAUUACUCAUAUUCCACGGAAUCCACGUGGACGAGAUAUCACGUGACCUGUUGACCCCGCUGCAUAUUUCGGCUCAUUGUGGUCACGUGGCUAUGGCGAAGUAUUUGCUGCAGCAUUAUGCAAAUCCAGAUGCAAGAGCUCUCAACGGGUUCGCGCCGUUGCAUGUUGCAGUCAGGAAACGCAGGAUCCCUGUCAUAAUUUUGCUUCUGGAGUAUUACGCAGAUGUGAACAUAAGCACAGAAUCGGGUCUGACUCCGAUGCACGUUGCGGCGUUUGUGGGCGCUGAACAAGCCAUGCACCUGUUACUGAAGAGCGGGGCAGCUGUGAAUGCUGAGAGUGCGCUUGGAGAGAGGCCUCUGCAUCUGGCAGUGCGUGCGAACAAUCUGAAACUAGCAGAGUUGCUGCUUUCUUGUGGGAGUGAUGUGGAUGCGAGGACAACUGACGGAGGUCAGACUUGUCUGCAUCUAGCAGCCAGGGCCAACAGUACCCCUAUGUGUGAACUUCUGCUGAAGCACGGAGCCAACCCCUCCAACUUUGCUUCCUCUUCUGGGGGUCACAGUGUGCUACACGCGGCUGCCAGGGACGGAGCUCUGGAGUGUGUCCAGAUGCUGCUGCAGCGCGGAGUUGAUCCCAACUGUCGAACUUUGAAGGGGGGUGAGCUGACUGCACUGCAUCUUGCAGCCAAAUACGGCCACAUGGAAGUGUGCAGACUUCUGCUGGCACAUGGGGCAUCUCCGGACAUAGCCGCCACCAGUGCCAGCUGUUUCACCCCACUCCAUCUGGCAGUGAUGAAUGGACACAGUGAUGUGGCCGCUCUUCUUCUACAGUCAGGAGCAUCUGCUAACUCUAUAGCAGCAAAUGGUCUCUCGCCACUGCAUAUGGCAGUGAGUAGGAAUUCGGUAGAGAUGUGCCAGCGACUGGUGGACCAGGGGGCAUUCCCAGACGCACAGACCAAAUGGGGCGAGAGUCCAGCCCACACUGCAGCAAGACUUGGCUUCCUCGAAAUGCUCAAGUUCCUCUAUCAAUACUGUGACGCGAAUCUCUACAUAGCAUCGCCGCUUGGAGUGACUCCCCUUCACAUGGCGGCACAAGAAGACAAAACAGUCGUCUGUCGAUUCCUCAUCGAGGAGUGCAGACCAUUCAAAGGGUCCGGUAUCAACAACCCAGUCGAAAUGCGAACUAAGUCUGGCUAUACAGCCUUACACAUGGCAGUUUAUCACAACUGCGUAUCCACAGUUCUCUAUCUGCUCCAGUGCGGAAGAUGCAAUCCUAACUGGCAAACGGGAGUUGCCGGAUACACGCCUCUGCACGUUGCGGCCCAGCAGGGAAACACGUCUCUGGCGCAGUAUUUGCUGAGAGCGAAUUGCCAGCCAGAUUUGAGGACAAACUGUGGCGCCACGGCAUUGGUAAUUGCGUCCAAGUUGAGAUAUGUAACGCUUGUGGAUCUACUGAAGAGAGUGACUACUACACCUGUAACACUAACACCGGAAAUUGAGAACGAAAUCCGAUCUUUUCGAACUCCUGAAUCGAUCCAAGACGCGACUCAAUGGGGAGAGAAUGUUGUUGGUGGACAGAACAACAUCGCCGAACAAGAGGACGAAAUUGACUACCCUGAAACAGAAGACAUGAACUGCUUCUUAGCUCCUGCAGAUCUCCAGUUUCUGACUAAAGAUGCAGAUAACCUUCCCCUAUUGAGCGCUGUCAGUACCAGGUCUCUCCCAAGGAGCGGAACUCAAACUCCGACACAGUUCGAAUCAUACGCCUCGUUUAACAAAUACCUUUCUCCGAACCGCGGUGACUACGGAAGUCGCCCUCCAUCGGGAACUAGUAAUAUAUCGGGGUACACUACGACAUCUUAUGGAGACAACUUGUUACUUUCACCCGUCAAUGCCGGAAGUUUGAUGGCAAGAUUAUCCAUCUCGGAUUUGGCGCAUGUUCGAACAUUUGAACAGCAGGUUCCGAGUGAUAAUGUGGAAAGUAUGCCAAAUAAAUUGUCAGCAGCUGGUUUUCUGAUCAGUUUUGUCGCAGAUGCGAAAGGAUGCCGCAUGCGCGCUGCGCGAGGAAACAGGCUUUGUUUUAUAAUUCCAGCUCGUAGUUGUGAGCAGCCUCAACGAAUCACAUGUCGACAUGUAAGAAGACAUAAACUGAUUGCUCCACCGCCUUUGGCGGAAGAUCAAGCAUUAGCUGCUCGAGUACUCGAAUUAGGUCCUGUAGGAUCUAAAUUCACAGGGGGUCCAAUCAUAGUGGAAGUUCCGUAUGUUGCGUCCUUGUCAAACGGUGAACGAGAGAUCGCGGUGUUUACUUUUUCACCGAAGCAAUCGGGCGGCGAGUGGACGGAACACAAGCAACCUGAGAUCCAAGCCAGGAUAAAAAUGCUGCUGGACAGUCAUUUGGAAGACCAGAAGAGCCCUAAUUCUCGACGGAGCUCGGGAACUUUUGGGGAAUCCUCCAAAUCCGAUGAUUCCAAUCCCGAUCAGAGACUAGAAAGAGUCAUUCUAACAGAGAUUCCCCAGUACAUAGCACUCGUCAGUCGCCUCAAGAAAGACAAGGCCGACAUAACUCCACUCGGUGGAAUAAUUUCGUCAUCGGUCGAAGCACGAGUUCAGCUCUCGUUUCCGGAGAAGGCGGUAAAGAAAGACGUCAAAAUAUCUCUCCACGUUCUACGCAUCAGAUCCGAUAUCAUCUCUAGGCUGUUGACUAAUCCACAAGGCUUAGUAACUGCGAGUAAUAUGUUCCAUUGCAGCCCCGUUGUAACAAUAGAACCGAGAAAGAGACAGUUCCACGAGAGGUUUACGAUCUGUGUACCGUCUCCCAUUCCAGGCGUGGAGAACAACUCGGGAUCCUUGCCCAGACGUCCGUCCUUCGGAGCACAGUCGGGAGGAAUAAGACUUCUAAGAAGCGUGACUGAUUCUAUUCAUCCGGCCGUGUGGGAGGACAUUACGGACCAAACGAGGCUGGGAGAACUGCAGAACGGCUGCGUGACCUUUUCCAGCAAAGUAUCCGCCCGUUUCUGGCUAGUCCACUCCCCCAAACCCCGCUCCACUCCAGAACUGCUGAAGAUAGCCCACGCAGUUUACAAUGAGGCCAUCAAAGUACCAUAUAUGGCCAAGUUUAUAGUGUUUGCGAAGAGACACGCGGAGAAUGAGGCGAGGCUGAGGCUGUUCUGCGUCACAGACGACAAACACGAGGGAGUGAUGUCAGGAAGCACUCUGGAAUCACAGGAGAACUUCACCCAGAUUGCAAAAAGCAGAGAUGUUGAGGUGUUCGACGGAAAUCGGAACUACCUUGACUGGGAUGCCAACUCGAACUUAUUUCCAGUUCAGCAUCCUCUCAAUUCAUUCCGGUCCACCCCAAUGGUGUCAGGGUCCAAAGAAGACGAAGGAGGUCCCUACGGUGGAAACCAGGAGCAACAGCUGAGUCUGACAUUCUGGGCAUUCAAGGAAAACAGGAUCCAUUUCUUUGUCCAAGUCAAAGACACCAUGUACAUACAAAACGGUACACCCAGUGGACGCCUGCAGAUUUACAACUCAGGACGCUCACAUCUGAAAUCUCUAAGAAGCGAAGCUGAUUUAUUACAGCUUCAUAUUUGUACUCUGAGUCUGAACUUGCCUAAUAUCUAUGCGUCCGCCGGUCUAGACAACGGAUCAGGUGCGGGUAAAGAUAUAAAUCAUCUGGUCAACUUUGCGUCAGCGGGCGAGCGAAGGAGGGAUCCAACGGGCCGACUCUGUGAACCGAACUUGUCGCCGGAUAGUAGCGCAGAGCGUGCAUUGUUGCGUUUGACAGUUGUGGCUGAUAGCAUAGGAUCUGAUUGGCAGAAAUUAGGAAUGGGGUUGGGCAUUGAUCCGAACAAUUUGAACAUCAUUGACUUGCAAGUGGGAAAUGGAAGCCAGUCUUCGGACGGGGAGAACACUGCUGAUUCGCAGAAGGCGUACAGAAUGUUGCAUCACUGGGCGGAGUAUCAGGGCGUAAACGCAACAGGAGCAGCAUUGGAAAAAGCAUUGAAUAACAUCGGAAGAGGCGAAAUUAACCCAAAGUGGAGAAAGCCGGUGUUCCGAGCACCCGGCGGGGGUUCGAUUGACCGAAGCAGCAAAGACCUGGAUAGCCGAGAGACCCCCGAAGAAAACAACGAUUCACGAGUUGUUAGAAAACUGACUCGCGUCAUACGAGUCGAUCCGGACGGAACACGUCACGAGUACCUGCAGGAAGUUGACCCGAGGGAUACAACAGGUGCGAGCAAAAGUACUGAUGAACUAAUCGAGCGUGCGAUUGCAGAUUCGCCUUUCAGCAGCGAGAAUGGUAAUGCGGCAGGGGAGAAGGUUGAAACUACCGUCCGAAACGUUGUGAUUGACAGAGAGGUAGUGAAGAAAACGAUCAUUGUGGACGGUAAGGAGCAAGUUGUCAUUGAGCCUUAUCCUCCCAGGAGUCCCUCCCAAGCAUCGUCCCAUUUACCAAAUCAGAACGUCAGUCCUACUUACUUGAACGGGUCUCCAGUUGAUUCCAACGUCUCUGGUCCAGGCACCUCGCAAAUUCCAUCCAAUCAGAAUCCGACAAAUGGAACAGUUUACUCGGCUGAAGACGAUUCGGAGUUGCAAACUGCGCUUGAUAACUAUAUACAGUCGAAUCAUCAGCCGUAGAAGUUUGAUGCGAAAAAACAUAUGAAUUGUUUUUUUUUAUUGCCACUAAAAAACUGACCUGUUUUGUUCACUUUGUGUUCACACAUGUCCCACAAUGUUUGUUCGAAACUUACCGAAGUGCAAUCUUUUCACACACUUACCAUAAAGUCACUAAAUCCAUUACACAGAGCUGCGCACAGUGGAGCAAUAUUUCUUAGAAGCUAUAAUCUCAAUUGUCAGAUAAAUAUAUAGUCGAUAGACGAAAUAAAAUAGAUAAUGAUUAAUUAAUCAAAUGCAUUGUUUGUUCAUAAAGACUAUUCUCAACUUGUAAUGUCUAAUUCGUUCCUUCUUUUACUAUCAUAUCUGUCUAAUUUUCUAUCUUGAUGGAGAUUUUUGACCCUAAAUAGAUGUCCAUAUUUUCCAGGCCUGUGGCGAUGUAUAGCAAAUCAAACAGCUUCCAAAAUGGAAAUUUCAUUUCGAGUUUUGUCCAAAUUCAAUGAUCACAGUGAGCUAGAUUCUUAUAAAUAGAAAAAUGUUGAAAUUUGCUGACUGAUACUUAAAUUUAUUUCCAAAAUUUGAAUUUACGUUUUCAAUUUUUGUACAACCCAUAAAGUUUAAAGUUUAAAAAUUAGAAUUCCAGAAAAUGAAACCUGUGUGAAUGAUAUUUGUAUCUGUUUAUGAAUUAAAAACAAAUUGUAAUUUUUCAUUUCCUGUAUUGCUAUUUCAUAGAAUCAUGAUCGUACUGACCUUAUAUUUUACUUUGAAUUUCGAAUUGUCACAUUUUAGUCGAAUAUAAAUUUUGUAGUA